AAAAAUGGCGCUUAUCCUUAGGUGGCAUCGAUAGCGGUAGAAAAUAAACUGCUUAUGUGGAAAGAGUACAGAAUUCUGGAUAAUCCGUCAUGGCGAGCAAAUACGCAGUCAAAACCUAUAGUAGAUCUUAUGGAAGGGAGACUGCUGCAAGCAAGGCUUUUGAUGAAAUAGUGACCAACAAGGCUGCAGCUCAAAAUAUACCAAUUAAAACAGCAAAUACGAAAUGGGGUAAAACACAGUUUAGCAGAGUCAGAGAUGAGGAUCCAUUUCAAACUACUUGCAAGAAGGUUAAAACAGAGGUUGAGACUGAGGAUCCAUUCUCAUUCGGAUCUGAUGAAAGUGAAAUUGCAAGACAGAAAGUCGCAAGGGAAGAAUCUUCUUCUAGUUCACAUCCAGCAGGUUUGGGACGACCAGCCAUUCCGAAUAUGAAGGUAAUGAAAUCACAUUCUUACGCAUCUGAAAGAAACAGGAAUGAACCAGAUGCACAGGAUCUUGAUAGUCAACCUACAUUUAAAAGACCUGUAAGGACCUAUUCUCGUGCUGCUAAAAAACAGAAUGUUGACAGUACAAAACAAUUAUCUAUGGAUCAGUUUGCUAAACCAGUUUCUAAUGAUGAUGAUGAUGACAUGCCAGUACUAGAGCCAGAGGGAUGUUCUGAAGCAGAACCUUAUGCAUCACAUUCCAGUAGUUAUGCAGUUGCUGAAGCAGCAAAUGAUCCAGAGGACAGGCCUGACCCUUAUUCACAGUCUGAUGAGGAAGAUGAAGAAGAGGCUCCUCUUCUAAUGAAUGAACAGCGUCAAACUUACAACAGGAAUGCAAAGAUGGCUGCAUUUUCUGGAAAUGUUUCUAGGACCUCUAAAGCGCAUCUGUUACAAUCUGAUGAUGAUGAGAAUCCAAAGGCAACUGUUUUAAACUUUCGAAGCCAUUUCAUGGACCCAGCAGUUUACAGUAGAUUUAAUUAUGUUCCACGUCCAGAGGACCCUGUAGGAAGACUUAACAACAGUAAAGUUCUUCAAAAAAGUGAAAUAAAACAUGGUAAGGGAUCAACACUUAUUGUGAUUUGUUCACCUAAGCCACCGACUGGUGAAAAUAAGUCAAAACUUUACCACCAGAAAACUGUUAGAGACCCUUACUCACGAGAUAAUGCUGAAACAAUUGCAGAUGAUGUGCAGAAUAGUGGCACUGACUCUCAAGAACUUUGUCAGGGGGAGGAAACUGCCACAGAUAGCUCAAAUUUUGAUUUUUCAGAAGAUAAUAGUGCUUCUACUCCAAACAUGGAGGAACAGUCAUCUGCUUCAAAUGAGAAUGACAUCCCAGGUAAAAUACAGUACAAAAAGGGUGUUAAGCGCAGUCGGGACACUUCUGAUAAAUCUGUUAGGUAUAAUAAGUUCUUCAGGUCAAGAAAUUCAGCAGCAAUGAAAGAAGAAAAUGAUUCCAAGAAAAUUGGUUCUAGUCCAGAAGAGCAGCAAGAAGGGGAUAUUGAAAUGAGUGCCCAGAACUCUGAACAAAACACCACUCCCAAAGAACAUCCAGAUCAUGUAAAAACCAAUAAAAAGAAGCAAGAUAUUUCCACAUCAUUUGGUUUUGAUGAAGAUGCGGAAUCCCAACAGAGCACAGAAAGCUUGGGGAAGUCUCAGGAUGGUCCUUCAGCAGCUGAAUCCAUGGGUGUUGGUGGUGAGGUCGAACAAGCUGUGCAGCAGAGUGAGGGAAGUCAGUCAGAAGAAGAAGAAAUGGACAGUUCUCAGACCACUCAAGACCUCAGUCAGGCAUCAACAGACUCUCAGGACAAUGAGGCAGAAGCUCCCCAAUUGACCAAGACAAAGACAGUCCGUGUGAGAGAGAAGAAGAUAUUCAAAUCCAAAAACAAAGGAGAUAUGCAAAAGAAAAUGUUGCAAAGUCCCAAAAAGUCUCCAUCUAAAGCUGUGUACAAUGUCCGCUCCUGGCAAGAAGACUUUGAUGAAGAGGAAAGGGUAACAUUUAUCAAAAAUAACAAGAAUAAGGAGGAUGUAUCUGGGCCUCCAAAGCUUAUGCCCAUCCCAAAAAUGGCACCCAAGUUUGAAGAGCCAGGAGAGCGACCGAAUGAGCCUCCAAAGCUGUCGAGAGCAGUACACUGGCCUGACAGACUAGGGGACGAGGCAUAUACUUCUGUUCACGUCUCUAAGGAACACAAGGAGUUGUACACAGUAGUUAAGAAUGUCAAACAAGCUCAUGAGUGUCAAGAAUAUGGCGAGACUCAGGAGUUUGCCGAUGAUGUCGAAUACCUACUGGCUGGCCUCCAGGAAGGACAACCAAUGUCCACACGCUGCCUUAGCUGUACAGGCCUCGCCCAGAAAUGUAUUUUACCUGCAUUCAGGAUGCAUUUGAGAGCCCAUGGUACGGUAGCCAAGAUCUUCUCUUCCCUCCAAGAUGCCUGCACUGAUCCUAGUCUCGCCCUAUGCACAGCCCUGUUGAUGUUUAUGCUGAGUCGCGAUCGUCUGAAUAUGGACUUGGACGGUGAUAGUCUGGACCUCAUGCUGAAAUUAUUAGGCGUCGACAACCAGGAGCAGCUCAGUGCCACUAUUACAGCCUCAGGGAAGCGUGCACUCAACCGUAACCGUGCCCGGGUUGGUGAAGUGUAUAUGCAGUUACAGCUGGAGUGUGGAACAAAGUUGCCAGACCUGGAGAGUAUCUCUACGGGUAACUUGGCCAUGGAAUCCUUGUUAAGUCUGACUUCAAGACGAGCUGGUGAAUGGUUUAAGGAGGAGCUACGCACACUUGGUGCAUUGGAUCAUAUUGUAGAUACAGUGUGUUCUUGCAUUGAGGCCGUUGGAGACGACACAACUCUCCUGACUGAUAGCACCAUAGAAAAUCUCAAGAAAAUUGAUCGCUGUCUCAGGGUAUUGGAAAAUGUAACAUUUGUCAAUACAGAAAACCAGACAUAUUUGAUUAGUUACAAACAAGGAGUGUUGGUUCAGUCAAUCUGCAGGGCCCUGUACACGUGUGAGCAGUGCUUGCCCGUCUACCCCCUAGUGGAGUCCGAGAAGAUUGAGAAGGAUUCUACAGGCUAUGUAGUAUACAGCUGUGUCCUGGCCAUCCUCCGAGUCUUACUCAACCUUACACAUGAUAAUGAAUUUGGAAGCACAAAGACUGGGGAACAGGCUGACUUUAUCAAUGUGGUGCUCACCUGUAUUCUCCAGACACCGCAGCAUGUACCUUUGGACAUGCGCUUUGACAUUCUGGUGCUGAGUCUGGGUCUGAUGAUCAACUUGGUGGAACACUGUGAGGUUAACCGUCGACGUCUCAUUGAUGCCAAAAUAGACUCACCUUAUGAAUUUGAGAAACACCAGAAAGACUUAAUUCCGGCUCCGAAGGCUCUAGUCCAGGUGUUUUGUCAUCGAUACGAAAUAGCCAAGAAAAUGGAGGAGCAGGAUUUUGGUGAGCCUACAACCCCUCAGGCAUCGCCCAACAAGAGUGGAGAGUGGAAGGAGUCAGACUCUGGUAUAGAAUGGGUUAUAAACUCUGCCAAAAAGGCAAAGGAGGCAGAACAGGCGGAGCGCGAAGACAGGACCAAGAAUGACGACACACCUCUAAAGGAAAAACUCCGACAGAAUGAGGAGGAUGGCAAAAAUGCUAACCUAGAUGAUGAUGACACAUUCACAAAAGCUCUCCAUAGAGCAGGGAAACACAUGGAGAACAGCAUUGUGGCCUCCUAUGUAGCUCUGCUACUGGGCUGUGUGAUACAGGAUAAUACAAUGUUUGUGGACAACAUUAAACAAUACCUCCCCAAAGGCAACUUUGAUGACAUGAUCACUAUUCUGAAGAAAUUCUUAGGCUUUAUGAACUUAACAACUGCCAUUGGAAGUACAGGAGGGAAAUCCAUAGCUCACGUGAUUGAGGUUCUGGAAGGUUGCUAGCAAUACCCUGUUAAUCCUCCUUGUGUCAGUGAACUAACUACAAUAACCAACAGCUGGCUGUCUGGAACACAAUUAGAUGUAGAUCAGGUUUCCAGUUACAAUCUUAACUCGGAAACAUGAGAAUUGUGAUAGUCAACUCAAUUUUCAUUCAUUAUUACUUUAGUGUAUUUCAAAUGAGGCAAAAAUUGUGGUGACAUGUUCUCUAAACUUUGGAAUUUAUAGUCCAGUUGUAAAAACAUUUUUCGGUUUACAUAUAAAAUAAUGUCAUGAGUAACAAAUGUUAAAUGACAACCCAUAGCAUUCUUAAACAUUAUUUGUAAACAUCCAACACUCACCAUUGUCAUCAACAUAAUGAGCUAAUAUUACCUUAUCUGUAUAGUGUUGUUCUAGGAAGUUUGUACAUAGACACUUGUAUGUGAAUUGAUAUGAUGUUGCAUUGGAAUAGAACAGAAUCAUAGGGACAAAUUGAGCAUAUUAUGUAUGGUGAUAUUACUAGAGGUAAGAUAGUUGCUGAGGGUGUGAACUGGUGCGAAGUGUGACCUGUGGUUUGUACCUUUCAGGGAAAAGGUGACUGGAAAUGGUCUUCGCAUUGGUAAAAAUUCAAAAUCUUGUAAAAUACCAGUAAUUGUGGAAUAUGUGAUGUUUAGUCAGUGGAACUGAAGCACUGUCAAUGAUCAUUGCUCUUUGUGUUAGCGAGUGAUUGAGAAAUUGUCCCCUUUUAGGUCAGAAUUUUACUGCAAUCAUGGCAUGCUAUUUCAAUUCCUUGUAAAACUAGUUUAAAUAGAGUGUGUAGUUUAUAGUGUGUGGUGAAGGUUUGGGCAUGCAUGGUGUGGAGAAUGAGAGUAUUUAGGAAAGAAACUGUUGUGAAAUCAAGUGGCCUUUCAUUGCUUUAUUAUCAUUAAUAUUAACCCAAUUUCCUUAGCCCUGAUUGUAAAAGCAUUCUAUAUCUCCCCUGUCAACAGACCUGGUAUAACUAAGGCCAGUGGAAGUGAAAUUCAGUUAAAAGUAAGACUUUCCACUAAGACUGUACAUAGAUCAUGUCUGUAUGUUAGAUUUGUGAGAGAAGUGUUACAUUUGUAUGGUACUGGUUUUCUGCCGUUUUUUUUCUUCACACCAAUCGGUUUUCUUGUGUUAAGGAACUUUCAUCUUCUGUUAUAUUUACACGUCAACAUUUCUCCAUUGUUGAGAGUAGGAGUGUGCUAGAACUGUUUGACUGGUACCCUGUGUCAACCUAGAUUAUGUUCAUUUUCCACAUGUACAUGGUUUUGUUUCUCUUCUGAGUUCCUCACAUUUUGAUGUUACACCAAGCAGAACUUUGUAUUUAUGUACUGUAUAGGUCUUCAGUAUCAGAAAAUGAAUAAAUAUUUUGAAAUACUG